AUGACUUAUGUAGCUAAAAAGAAGCCCAUACCUGUGCGUAAUCCAGACAGUGCAGAGUGCAUCUCCACAAUAAAAUCCUAUAAUGCAAGCAGUUCUCAUUUUAUCCUUCCUUCCGAUAGUCCCAACACUAAGCAUGGAAACAAAUCUUUUUUGAGCUCUAUCGUGAACAAGGGGGGAGUUAAGGAUGCUAUAAAACCUCACACUGCAUCCGUAUCAACCAAGCUUAACACUUUAUUAACACGAAACAGUAGAGUCAGCUCGCCUUUUAGCAGAAAUAGUAGUACAUUGAAGCGGCGUAGAAGCAAGAAAUCAAACACUACAGCCAUUUCAAAACUUCCUGAAGGACUUUCGGCAUUGCGAGUAUUACGCACCCUUUUUCUCCCUGUCGUUUUGAAAAAAGUCUUACGCCAAAGACGAAUAAAAAAAUGGAAAGGUGUUUACCCACCCCGUAACUACACAAACGACUCUGUCGUCUCCGCCUUGUGCACGUCAAAUGCGACGUUGCUACAGUUUCCGCUGGAAAUGAUCCAGCUCCUCGCUCGGGAGGCCACUUUUAUCUACCUACUACCAAACGAACCUUUAGUUUACUUUAACGAGUCUCAUCUCUCGUGCGGGAUUGUUGUUAUUCUUUACGGGCAUUUAGUGGAGCGGCGGCCUGAUAAGGGUGGCCCGGGAGCCCAACUAAGCGAACGUGAUGCCGUAGCGUGGCCUGUUUCUUCUCAAUAUGUGCGCAUGUGUAACGUACACGAUGUUUUGUGCAUGGUACCUGUUCUCUGUGAAGACCGUUCACGGUCUAGUUUUUCGUGUGGCCCUGGUGAAACAACCGAUGUGGCCGUUAUUUCGUCUCGUUGGUUUUGGAAAGUCUUCAUGCACUUUGUUGUGGAGUCACCGCAGUCUGAGAAGCUCUUGGAGGGUUUUCGCGAGCACGUCGUACCGCUCCGGCGAGACAUACUCCUCACAAGCUAUUAUCCCAGCCCGGUUCUUUUUCAGCGAUCUUGGAUAGGAACACACUUGAGCUUGAAGGAUCGCCUCAAGCUUUGUUCCACAAUGGAAGUCAUGGUACUUGGCGCUGGCGACAUCCUCUUUAACGCGGGAGAUAGCUGUAAAUAUAUCUAUUUUAUGCGAAGGGGUACCUUAACAAUAGUGGUGAACGAUCAACCCUUGACCAGCUUUGGCCCCGGUGUAGCCUUUGGCGAGGAAAGUGCACUUUUCGGGGACACGUGGAACUGCACGGCAGUUGUUAGCACCGUGUGUGAGCUGUACACGCUUUCACUCAGGGCUCUACACCAUCGCCUUGAAAAAAAACCCACACUCGCCAAUGCCCUCAUCAAUGGAGCUCUAAGACGCCGCAAGGUGUGGAUGGAGGAGGGACGCAACCGAAGCCUCGGUGGGUUAGUUCACCUCCUGGGCAGGGUCCCAUGCCUAAGUCAUACCACCGACGCGAUGCGUAGGGCGAUCGCGCACAAGGCGGAGAUCAUGGUGGUGCCGGCUGGCUUCGAAUUCGCGCGGAGGAACCUCCCUUGCGAGUGUCUUUACGUCAUUGGUAAGGGGUUCGUUCGAAUGGCAAGGCUUCCAGACUUGGUUUCGAAGCACCAGGCGUCGGUAGCGGCCGUUGACGAGGUCCGUGGCGUGGGGAGCUUUUUUGGGGAACUCUGCCUGAGGCCCCACUGUUGGCCAACAGACAUCAUCAGCGAAACCUUGGUGGAUGUCUGGGUGCUAAGACGCGAGACCAUUCUUGAAAUUCUUUUCCAAGCAAAGGCCGACGCGCAAGCGGAGGUUGUGUGCCGCCAGGGCAUUGACCUCUACCGUGCGCAGUUCGGUGAGCACAGCAUUCUGGAAGUGUACGACAACAUGUUCAAGACAUCAGAUAGUUUUCCGAGGCAGCAAACACGCUUAGAUCUUUACGCUUCUUCAAAACUGUCUCAAAGUCUGGCAACUUGUAAAGUUACCCAUCGGUCUUCCUUGCAUUCCCUUGAUGAUCAAGCGCAAACGAUUCUUGAGGGGUUCGAUUGGAUAGACUAUGCUCGACAGAAUCGUCAGAAGGUUGUUGAUGGCACUGGAUUUCCAGCGAGUGAAGGUAUUCAUUUACCUUAUCGUGGAAAAGUGUCGUGGAUGCUUGCGGUAGAAAAAGCUUUGAACACCAAGGCAUUAUCACUCAUUUCGGUGCCGCCUGAUUUGCCCCCAAGCUCCGCGGACUGUGACUUUCCUGGUGAGGUUGAUGAGCUUCAGGCUGUUGUAGUCGAACAGCUUUUGUUAUCCCCUUCUGAAGACCACGAGCAGUUUCUUUGUCAGCUCAACAACAGCAACGUCAUGCUCGUGACCGAUAUAGUCCCUCCAAACGAUAGCUUCGAUACCUCGAGCAAUAUUGAGGACGCCACGAGUGCUGAAAGGGCAGACGCUCUUCUGUCUCGUGACGAGUUACCGAAGGAGGUGGUAGGCCCCACUGGUGAUGCUUAUGUUUUUGAUAUAGAUACUCUAAAGGAACCGGAACAUUUAGACUGGAGUCAGUCUUCCAUAGUGGAGGUUGACGCCACAAAUAAUCGACCGCUACCUUUAAAUCAAGACAUGUGCGCUAACCUGGAAUGGAAUAACUCCGAGAGCGCUCAACAUGAUGCCUUUUCACACACACUAAAACAGUUCUUGGCGUUGGAGGGCAGAAAGUCCUUACCGCUUUCGACGCUUCAACCACACCAUGCAUCUUCUGGUCGCAGCUAUAAAGCGCGUUCAGAAUCUUGCUUGCUUUUUUCAACAUCUAAGGGUGGUCCCACCAUUACCAUUGGGAAUACCCUUUCAGCUCUUGAACAUGUCCAAGGCGAUCCAAUUGCCGACAUUGGUCUCUCUCCACGCCGUCGCGCGGUGAAAAGCGCCUCCGGAUCACGAGUGGGAAGCGCCAUGACCAUUGUGAGGUCAGCCAAGGUGGAUCAUGUCCAAUACAGUACGCAUUGUACCGAUAGAUCGAGUUCUAUUCUUGACCGUUUAGUAAAAAUCAAGGGUCAGAACUACUUUAACACUCUUGUAAAGGUGAUUCCGAUGCCUCAGGAUGAGUUUUGGAUCCCUGAGGAGUCGGAUGGCGCCCCUAGUCAGUUCUUCGACAAAAUUCCUUUCGUCCUGGUACUCAUGCACAUCCUCGGAUGCAAUGAUCUCGAUCCCGCGGUUACGAGCUCAUGUGUGGAAUCCUUCGUGAAGGUCAGUGUGGGUGAGCGCGUGCUCCUGCGCACGACCUCGCUAAAAGAUCCUGUGCGCCCCACCUGGCCCGUUGAGUCCUCCACCUUUAUUUCUCUUCUAAAACCAAAGUCGGUGGUACGUUUUGAGUUGUGUGAUCGACAACAGGAGAACGAGGUGUUGUACGCCAGCUCUCUCCCGAUGUCCUCGACGCAUGAGCGUGGUGGGGUUGGGAAGUGCGUGAUGCGUUUGACGUCCUUGUCUUCCGCGGCGGCGGAGGCCUCAGGCAAAACCCCCGACAACCGCCUCGGUCCCUACAUGACGGUGGUGAUGAUCGUCGUGGCGAGCGCCAAAAGUUCCCAAUACGCCUCGACAAUGCCCCUUCAACGCAGCGUAAUUUGUAGCCCUGCUCCUGCCCAAGAAAGCCCCCCGAGCACGGCGUCGCUGCUGGUGAUGGGGGUGCGCGGCCUCAAACAUCGCCUUUGGGCCCGCAUCACGGUCACCCUCCGGCAGGACGGCGCCCCGGUCGAAUUACUAAAAACCCCUCCCGCCGCGUCUAAAACACGCACCCCCUCCUGGCGACCUCAAGAGGUCUUUGUAAACGUUCAACUCAGAGGAAUCAUGGAGUUUAAUCUCUACCACAAAGACACCGUGAUCGCGUCAUCUGAGCUGACGGCGGACGAGUUGGCCUUUGGUGGUGUUGGUCUACGCCGUCUCUUCCUUAUCGCCAUAGGGGAAAGGCGCAAGGUGGUGGGUGAGCUCCUCGUGUACGUUCUUAGCUGUCUCCUCUCCACACCUCUUGAGAAUCAAAUCUCGGAAAAGAUAUUGUUCUUACAUGCCCAGAAGGUGUCGAUUAACAAGGUGUACAUGCCAGCUUAUUCGGAAGAGAGGAUGAAUUGGGUCUUUAAUGGCGAGCCGGAUCCCUUUGUGGUAAUUAGGAACAAUGAUGGGAAAGUUGUGCUCCGCACGCCAUUGGUUUUUUCGUCCUUGAAGGCUUCCUGGAGAGCCGAGGAUGCGUCAUGCCUCUUGCCUUUCCCUGACCUUCGUGGAUUGAAAGCCCGUUAUCAGCUGGAACUUUAUGAUAACGAGGAAGCAAGCACACAACUUAUUGACCACGUUGUGUUUGCCGUCGGCCGCGACGGGUUAGAUACAAACGGCUUAUUUGACAUUGCGCUUCAUCGAAUGCGCGCCACCAUGAGGCUCAGCGCGUCUGUUUUGUCUGUGAAAAAUAUUCAUACUCCAACCCACAUCAAUGUCCCGCGUGCGCAGUAUUUUAUUCAGGAUCCGCUCUUAGUGCUGCUCCACGUGGUCCGCUUUCAUGACGACGCGACGCUCAGCGCCUCUGCAGGAUUGACGGCGACCUGGGCGAAUGCCUUGUGGAGGAAAAUGCAGUCUGAUGUGGUGAUACGUCUCAGUGUCUGCGGUGAGGAGGUCCUGCGGACCCCGCAUGGAAGUUUCCGCGGGCAAUGGCCAAUUCACGCUGGUAGUGUCGUUCUACGUCUUGACGCGGGGGUUCUUCACUCUGAUCGCAUGGUGGUCUUUGAAAUUUUUGAAGGCCUUGUCAGCGAGGCGGAGAAGAUAGGGGAGGUUCAGGUACCGUUGCGUGAAUUCUGCGCGAGCGGGUGUCGCUUCCUUAGCGUGUUUUCCAGCAAACCUGAAACGGUCUACCUAUCGACUCAUUGCAUCGGGAAGCUGGAAAUUGAGUUUUUCUGCGGUGUGAUCGGAUCUCAAGUAUUUACCCACGACACCCUCUUCAAACGCCUCGAAUCAUUUCAAACAGAAGAAUACGAUACCGAUGAGAACUUUGAGGCUGAAGGUUCUGCAUCCGCCAUAUUGAAUAGGGAGUACCCAAGCCAAAAUUUCUUCAUGCAUGCACGCGUGCGCUUUCAAUUGAUAAGUUUGUCCAACUUUUCGAUUGGGACCAACCUCCCCGAUGAGGAUGCGCGGUUUGUAGUGAAGGUGACUCUAAAAGAUGGAAAUAAAAACAUGUUAUUACAUUCUAAAGCCGUACCAAUCCUAGCUGAAUCGAGUAAAAGUGGACACAAUGGACUGAGUGCGGUUUGGGAGGCUGAUGACGAUUCAACUGUUGAACUAAACAUUGAAGAGUUACAAUCGCAGAUGAUACUAGUGUCUGUUAACUGCGAUACGUGCGGUGGCUCUUCAGAAAUCCAAACCUCUCCGGUGACUAAGGAAGAAAUCCAUGCUGACUUCGAUAAAGGACCUAAUCACCAUGUACUUUUCGGGCGCAUUCCCUUGAAAACGUUAGCAAGCGCAGCGAUUGAUUGCGUCCAGGUUGAUACUAUUAUGUUGACCGAAACAAUGCACCUCUCAAAGAUAGCACCUAGUCCCAAAGAGAUCCAAGAGGGUAAUAUUUCUGGCAACACAACCGAUCGAACGAAUGCCAAGCCAUACCUUUCGUUUGCUAUUAUUCCUAUGACUUCGCCGUUAAGUAGUGAUCCCAGUUCUAAGCUGUUUUCAAGCGGGAUUUUUACACAUGCCUAA